AUGGCACCCGCACAACUUCGAGUGAGCUCCUCUGCUGAGCAGCAAGUCAUCCCGCCAGGCGGCUCAGUCGUCUUCUGCACAAUCAGCAAAGAGGCGAGCACGAGUCAGAUCCCGCCUGGCGGCUCCGUCGUCUUCUGCGUCAUCGCUUGA